AAAUGUUGGAGUCGAGUGUAACGAGUUGGUAACGUAUAGGACCGACCAAGCUGCUAUCGAGAUUGUACUGUAUUUUGAUCAUCGGAUAUACUGUUUAGGGUCUACUGUUGAAUUCGUAAGCGUCAUCGAUGGAGCGACGAAUUUUGUGAAUGUUGCGAAAUGUCAGCCGGUUGAUGUUACUUGAUAAAUUUUGUCCGACGAUCGUAAAUUUUUUGCAAACAUUCUAGCGAUCUAGAGGCACGAUGGAUCCAGAACUUAUUGAAAAAUUUAUUGAAGUAACGGGGGAAAGUGAAGCCACUGCUCGUCAAUACCUAUCCCUGACCGAUGGUAAUGUGGAGUCUGCAAUAACUUUAAUGUUUGAAGGAGGUCAAGCACCUGAACCUGAAAGCAUUGACCCUGAACCAGAAGUGAGACCACCUAUUUUACCUACACAAGAGAUAUUGGUACCAUCCGAUGCAGCUUGCUCUUUCCCAAGAAUGUCGAAUAAUGUGUUUGAUAGAUUUAGGGAUUUUGCAGUGGAGACACAACGACAAGAAGAAGAAAUGACUGAAAGAGUAUCAGGGACUAAACAAACCUCUCAGCGCAAGUCAAAUAGAUUGGAAGAUUUAUUUAGACCUCCAUACAGUAUCCUGUUCUUAGGUUCCUUUUUGGAAGCUCGUGAACAUGCCAAAACAUUGAAUCGUUGGUUACUUGUAAAUAUCCAAAACCCACAAGAAUUUGCCUGUCAGAUACUUAAUAGAGAUGUUUGGUCGAAUCAGCAAAUUCAGGAAAUUAUAAAGGAUCAUUUUGUCUUGUGGCAAGUUUUGUCAAAUAGUAGUGAUGGGCAGCGCUACAUAGAUUUUUACAAUGUAUCUAAAUAUCCUUACUUGGCAGUAAUAGAUCCUAGAACAGGAGAAUGCAUGCAAACGUACAAUCACAUUACUGUUGAUAUUUUAAUGUUUACAUUAAAUGAUAUGCUGAGUACUCACCCAUCUCCAGAAUGUGUAACAAGUGAUUCAUUCAGUUCCAAAAAAUGGAACAACUAUCCCGCAACCACAGUGACUAAUGAUAAUUCCGUAUCUAAUUCAAAAGAUUACGAUAGUAAUACACGAAGCUCUAAACAUUUGAUUGAUAGCUUGAAUGAAUCCGAUAGUUACAAUGGCAUAGCAGACAUUCAGAGUUCAAGUUCAACUGUCCAUACUAAUGCAUCUCAAAAUACAAAUAAAAAGAAAAGAAUAGACGAGCCAAACUUAAAGGAGCAAAUUCCAAAUAUUUCAAAGGAUGAAUUGUGCGAACCAAAAUGUGACUUGAACAAAAUUAAAACAGGUAGCGAAUCUGUAAGACUCUGUUUGAGAUUGCCAAAUGGUAAAAAGGAAUCAAUAUCAAUGUGUCCUGCAAAUACAGUAGAAGAUUUUAUAAACAAAAUGGAAAGCUUGGGUUACUCAUCUUCUGAUCAUACUUAUUUAGUGCCGUUUCCAAAGACGAAUAUUGGUGAACUUUCUCUAAAACUACAUUUAUCAGACACAAUAUUAUCUCCAUCAAACACAGUAUUUAUAACAAAAUUAUAGU